AUGUCUAAAGUAUUUGUUGGCGGCCUGUCAUGGCACACCACUGACGACAGUCUCCGUGAGGGUUUCUCCCAAUUCGGUCAGGUCGAAGAAGCUAUUGUCGUUAAGGAUCGCGACACCAACCGCAGUCGCGGAUUCGGUUUCGUCCGCUUCAGCACAGAGGAUGAAGCCGAGGCUGCGGUGCAAGGACUGAACAAUACGGAGUUUGACGGUCGUAAUAUCCGCGUCGACAAAGCCUCUGAACGACCUAGUCGCAACGAUGGCGGCUUCCACGGCCGUGGCGGAUACAACUCGCGCGGAGGAAACGGUGGUGGAUAUGGUGGUGGCGGAUACGGUGGUGGCAGCUGGCGCCAAAACAACGCUGAGAACUAG